CUCUACACCAUUCACGAUGGGAGAAGCGGAUGUAGCUCUUGGCUCUGGGCCAACGCCCUUUGGGAAGGAGAUGAAGAAGCAUUUCUCCUUUGCUCCUGGAUACCACAAUCUCAACCAUGGGUCCUACGGCACUUGUCCCACCGCAAUCCAACGAGAGGCCAAUAGGUUGCGCGAUGAAUGUGAAGCCCGGCCUUGCCCCUUCAUUAAAUACCGCUUCCCUGAGUUGCUCGACGAGUCGCGUGCGGCAGUCGCACAAUUCUUGGGAGUUCCGCGGUCGACUGUGGUCUUCGUGACCAAUGCGACCACUGGUGUAAACACUGUGUUUCGCAACAUGGUCUGGAACACCGACGGCAAAGAUGAAAUCAUUGAGUUUGACGUGGUAUAUGGCGCAUGCGGCAAGACAGCCGAUUAUAUCUCCGAGACGAGCCGGGAUCUCGUGCGCACUCGCCAAAUCCAACUCACCUACCCGGUUGAAGACGACGAUUUCGUCGCUGCUUUCCGAGAGGCUAUUGAUGCCUCCCGCCGGGAUGGGCGUAGACCCCGCAUUGCCAUCUUCGAUACGAUCAGCUCUAAUCCGGGGAUUCGACUGCCAUUUGAAGCCCUCACGGCCGUCUGUCGCUCUGAGGGCGUGCUGAGUCUCAUCGACGCGGCUCACGGGAUCGGACAGAUUGACCUGGAUCUGCCAUCUCUUGAUCCGGACUUCCUCGUCAGUAACUGCCACAAAUGGUUGUUCACCCCCCGUGGGUGUGCCAUGUUUUACGUACCGGAGCGCAACCAAGCCAUGAUGAGAAGCACUAUUCCGACCAGUCACGGAUUUCGUCCACGACUAGCACAAAACGAAGAAAAGAAAAUUUCGAUUGCACCGCAGUCACACAGCGAAUUUGAGCUUAACUUCGAACAUACCGGAACAUACGAUAACAUUGCGUUCUUGACUGUGCCUGCGGCUAUCAAAUGGCGCCAGACUGUCUGUGGCGGCGAGGAGAAGAUCCGCACCUACUGCACAAAUCUUGCCCGUGAAGGCGGCAAGAUUGUAGCAGCUGCGUUGGGGACAUCCGUUCUGGAUAAUUCCACCCACACAUACACCGACUGCUUCUUGGUCAACAUCCUCCUCCCGGUCCCGCCGAAGGAAGGCGAGUGCAUGAACUGGCGGGGACGUCCAGUUAACAUUUCGGAGUGGAUGCAGAGGACGCUGAUUGAGGAGUGGCAGACCUAUAUGCCGGUAUACUGGUUCAAGGGGGCAUGGUGGUUUCGGAUCAGUGCGCAGGUCUAUCUGGAGCUGAGCGAUUUUGAGUGGGCGGGGUCAGCCAUGAAGGAGGUGUGUCGAAAGGUCAACGAACUGCUUGGAUAGACUUAUAAAUUGGAUGUAUCAUAUGCAAUGGAAAUCGG